UUAUGCUCCCCUGCCCUGCCGGGCCAGCCGCGCCUGCGCACUGCGGGCGAGUCUGUUUGGCUGGUUUCUAUGGUAACGAAGCCGGCGCUUGGGCUUCGGCCUGUGGGAAGAAGAUGAAGCUGAAGCGGCUCCUGCUGCGAUAUUACCCGCCGGGCAUUAUUCUGGAAUAUGUUCAAGGUGGUGAAUUGAAGACCAAAUCCAUAGAUUUACUUGAUCUCAGUCCUGAUACAGAUGUAGGCGCCUUAGUAGAAGAAAUCCGAAAAGCAGAACCUCUCAUCACAGCUUCACGCAAAGAGCAGGUCAUACAUUUAGUACUAAGGUUACAAGAGAAGCUUGGGCAACAAGAGGACCACAAGUUCUACCUUUUUAAGGUGCUUAGGGCACAUAUAUUGCCACUGACCAAUGUAGCAUUUAACAAAUCUGGUUCCUGCUUUAUCACUGGAAGCUAUGACAGAACAUGCAAAAUAUGGGACACAGCAUCAGGAGAGGAGCUACGUACAUUGGAGGGACACAGAAAUGUGGUCUAUGCAAUAGCUUUCAAUAAUCCCUAUGGUGACAAGAUUGCCACUGGAUCUUUUGAUAAGACCUGCAAAUUAUGGAGUGCAGAAACAGGAAAAUGUUAUCAUACCUUCAGGGGACACACAGCAGAAAUAGUUUGUUUAUCAUUUAAUCUUCAAAGCACUCUGAUAGCAACUGGAAGUAUGGAUACGACAGCCAAACUAUGGGAUAUCCAGAAUGGAGAGGAAGUGGUCAUGUUAACUGGGCACUCAGCAGAAAUUAUUGCAUUGUCAUUUAAUACCACAGGAGAUAGGAUCAUCACUGGCUCCUUUGACCACACAGUUGCAGUGUGGGAUGUUGGCACUGGCAGGAAGUUGCAUACUUUAAUAGGUCAUCGGGCAGAAAUUAGUAGUGCACAAUUCAACUGGGACUGCUCGCUAAUUGUUACUGGAUCGAUGGACAAAACAUGCAUGCUGUGGAAUGCUGUGACCGGGACACGUGUGGCAACUUUAACAGGUCAUGAUGAUGAAGUAUUAGAUGUGUGUUUUGAUUAUACUGGCCAGCGUAUUGCAACUUCCUCAGCUGAUGGAUCAGCAAGAGUUUACAAUGCUGAAACAAAAAAAUGCAUUGCAAAGCUGGAAGGUCAUGGAGGUGAAAUUUCUAAGAUCUGCUUCAAUCCUCAAGGUAGUCGUAUCCUAACAGCCAGCUCUGAUAAAACAGCUCGACUUUGGGACCCUCAUACAGGACAAUGCAUUCAAAUAUUAGAGGGACACACUGAUGAGAUAUUCUCAUGUGCUUUCAACUACAAAGGUGAUAUCAUCAUUACAGGGAGCAAGGAUAACACCUGUAGGAUAUGGCGCUGACUGAAGAUGAGGUAUGGCUCAAUUUGCUCGAAGCUUUGAUCAACAUCAUAAGAGUAGUCAAAAAUCAGCAGUAGUUCAGAACUCUGUUUUCCUUUUGCCCUCUUUGAGAGUUUUCAGUCUUGCUGAAGUAGAGCCGUUCCCUGGACUUUGACAGGUUUGACUCUUUGGACUGCUGAAUUCAGCUAGUUAUCUGUAUCAUUAGCACAAAUACAAUAGGUUAGCUGCAUGUUUUGACAGGCCAGUUUGUUUUUACAUGUAACAUUUGUAAUAAAAAAUAGCACCAUGGUACUA